AUCUUUGAUUUGAUAUAUCACAACCUAUUUUAAAAGAACAAAGAUAUAAAGACAGCCAAUGGCAAGACUUAGCAUAUGUAUGUUUGUUUUGCUAUGUGCAUUUGCUGCUAAAGCAUAUGCUCAAACCGCUUCUAAUGUAAGAGCAACUUACCAUUAUUAUCAUCCCGAGCAAAACGGUUGGGACCUUUACAAAGUAAGUGCCUAUUGUUCGACAUGGAAAGGGAACCUACCGAUCGAAUGGCGUAGGAAGUACGGUUGGACAGCUUUCUGCGGUCCAACUGGACCGCGAGGCCGUGAUUCUUGUGGAAGAUGCUUAAGGGUGACGAAUACUGCGACGGGAACACAAGCGACCGUGAGAAUCGUUGAUCAGUGUAGUAACGGCGGUUUGGACUUAGAUGACGGCGUUUUCAAGCGGCUUGAUACUAACGGUCAGGGAUACGCUCGUGGACACUUAAUUGUUAAUUACCAGUUUGUCAACUGCUAAAGAUCUUCAAGUUCAUCCAGUCACUGCCUUGCGUCUUAUUAUUUACCGUCUUUCAUAAACUUUAAGAUAAAAUAAAUUAAUAUCACGAUUUCGGUCUUUAACAAUAUAGAUAAAUCUACAAUUGUAUGUUUGAGAAUUGUAUGUUGUAAGUUACUAUGAAAUAAAAUUAUAAAUGAA